AUGGCGUGGAAGACGGUCUCUCUCCUGCUUCUGCUUCUUUUUGGAUUCUUGAACCUCUUCUUCUUUUGGACGGAAACCAACUGUAUGAGUUCCAAAUUCUUGAGAUCUGAGACCUACCAGAAUCCUCCCUCCCCCACAGACCCACCUGGUCUCACCCCUGGUCUCACCCCUGGUCUCACCCCUGGUCUCACCCCUGGUCUCACCCCUGGUCUCACCCCUGGUCUCGCCCCUGGUCUCACCCCUGGUCUCACACCCAUUCCCAUCCUCCAUCGCAAAGACUUCAAAAAGAUGCCAGAGUGGGACUUCGAUGACGUUUACAAGACAGACUCUGAGAUACACAAGACCACACAGGAGUGUGGCAGCAGUCUCUGGGGCAGGAUCCGCUCGGACUCGGAGCUGAGGUCUAAGUUUGUCCCAAACAUUCGUCUGUUCGUGUUCAACAGCAGCAUCAGCCUCAGGGACUGGAACACACUCUCUCACUUCAACAACCCCUUUGGAUUCAUGGACUACAGGCGGCAAGAUGUGAUGUCUGCCCUGUCACUUGUGCAGAAACCCUCCUCCUCCCUGCUGCCUCCUAAACCAGGCAGAGACUGCAUCAGCUGUGCAGUGGUGGGAUCAGGAGGAGUGCUCUGGAGGUCCAAGAAGGGACUAGAGAUAGACAGACACGACUAUGUGUUCAGAGUGAAUGGAGCAGCGAUUUCUGGUUUCGAGGAGGAUGUUGGGACUCGCACAGACGUCUAUGUGCACACGGCUCACUCUAUCACAACCUCAGAAUACAUCCUAAAGAAAUACAACUACACAGGAGCUCCACACGACCAGGUAACCCCCAGGACCAGGUAA